AUUGAACAAGCUAAUGCACAUAGAUUUAAGUUGGAAUCUCUUGCAAAAGGACAUUUUAAGAUUUUUGGGUGCACUCCCAGAUCUUAAAUAUCUGGACCUAAGUUACAAUGAAAUGCAAGGGCCUCUUUCUAGCAAAGAACUGAGUAAUCUAAGAAAUUUGGAGGUACUCAUCGUGCGAGAGAAUCGACUCAAUGGAAGCCUACCAUUCAAGGAUAUGACAAAUUUCAGAAGUUUGGAGAUUUUAGAUAUGAGUGGUAAUAUGUUCAUUGGAAUUUUUUCUCCAUAUAUUGGGACACUAUCUUCUCUCAAGACUAUAUCAUUAUCUCAAAAUAAACUCCAUGGGAACUUAUAUGCUAGAGCCAACUUGACAUCCCUUGAGUACAUUGAUCUUAGUUAUAAUCGUUUUGGGGGUUUAUUCUCAUUCAGCUCAUUUGCCAAUCACUCUAAGCUCAAAGUGAUUCGAUUUAAAGGUGAAAACUACCAGAUUGAAGAUGGUAACAAAAUUUGGGUGUGCUUAUUGAGUGGCAACAAUUUUAGUGGUGUGAUUCCAGACAAGCUGUGUUGGUUGAAGAAUAUUGCCAUAAUGGAUCUUUCUAAGAACAAUUUUUCUGGAACAAUACCGCAUUGCUUUCAUGACCUAAAAUUUGAGGAGAUAGAUGCUUUUAAUGGCCUUACUGAACCAAAUUCCACUUUUUUGGAGUUCAGAGAUAUAAUUGUCCCAUAUCAAAGUAUCCUUAAAAGGAAUUUUGAAAAUUUUGAGGUAGAACGAGAGGUUGCUGCAGAGAUUGGGAUUGAGUUUGUAAUGAAAUAUAAAUCUUACUUCUACAAGGGUGGAAUUCUUGAUCUCAUGUCUGGAUUGGAUUUGUCAGUCAACAAACUAACAGGUGGCAUCCCUCUAGAGUUAGGACAACUAUCUCCAAUUCUUGCACUAAACUUGUCUUACAAUCAAUUGACAGGUUCCAUUCCAAAUACAUUCUCAAAAUUGACUCAAUUGGAGAGUUUGGACCUUUCUCACAACAAUUUGAGUGGAGAAAUUCCUUCAUCAUUGAUUGAUCUGCACUUUCUAGCAGUUUUCAAUGUGGCUUACAACAACUUAUCAAGUAAAGUUCCAAACAUGAAAGGACAAGUUGGAACAUUUCAAAAUAGCAGUUAUGAAGGAAAUCCAUUUCUUUGUGGACCACCACUAGAGAAAGGUUGCACUAGGGUUGAUAAAACACCUCCAUCACCAAAAAAAUCUUCAAAUGCAAGUCACCGAAAAUGUGGUGGGAAUGAAGCUAGACCAUCCCCCUCUACACAGCACAAUAUGUACGGCUCUACCCAAGUUGGGCCAUCAACAUCUGCCUGUAAUGAGCCUACCACCUUCAAUAAGUAUAAUCCAAUUAAUGUUAACGAGUACUGCAUGUCUUUAUAUCAACAGAUUGGAUCAUCCACUUCCCUAGGACAAGGAUUUGAGGGUUUGUAUAGCUAUGACCAUUAUCCCCAACCUAGUUCAAGACCUCCCUCCUAUCACCCAUUGCCACCUCCAUCCUAUUCUGGGCAAUACAAUUAUGACCAGGAUAGCCAAUCCCCUUCCCCACAACAUCUGUAUCCAACUUUAUAUCAUGGCCAACCCAUGUCUAAUCCAUUUCACAAUAAUCCAUAUCCACAUGGGCAAUACAGCCAUGACCAACAUGACUUGUUCAUCACACCACAACCUUCCCAACCAUUCCCUCAUGUUGGUGAUUUCUACAAGCCACCAAAUACAUGGGCAUGUUCUCCGAACUCUAAGGAAGAGGCCUCCAUAACAGACUAUGAGGAAGAUGCCUCCAUUCAGGACAAUGGGGAAGAUGCAAAAGAUGUAGAAGAUAUGAAGGUGUCAUCAAAGGAUGAAAGUGACGAAGGUGGUAAUUAUCAAACAUUUUGA